CAAUCUUAUAUCUCCAAAUCCUAACCCCCAACCCGGUUCCAGCUGGACGCUUCACAAAUCAGCGUCCAUGCCUGAUGGCGACUUCACAGCACUCAAGUCUCAUAUCGAAUGUCUAGCACGCAGUACCGCCUAUGGUGGGUCUGUCGAGGUGGUGUUUCACACUCCAUCCAUUAAGCUAGAUGCCCUGCCUGAGCGACACGACGUGCAAAUUCGACCGGCGUGGAGCUUCGAGUGUCCUUUCACUCCUGCCGAUCAGGUCUGGAAUCAGGCGGUGAUGAAUGCCAUGGUCGAGCGCAAAAAGGGCUGGGUCUCUUCGAGUCUUGAGCCUAAACCAUCGCAUGGGAUGUCUUCUUUCCGGAGAGCUGUUAGACAAGGCGGUUCGACUCGGGUCGUGUUGCAGGCGCAGGGUCCGGAUGGAGUUCAGCAUUCAGUGAGGCAAUAUUCACGAUGGGGCUGUAAUGGGUCAGCGUAAAAUAGGAUUUAGCAUCAGUGUGGACUGAAAUUAUCGC